GUUCCUUUUUUUAAUAUCGUUUAACAAAGAUCUUCUGUAAACGUUGCACUCCAGACUUAGCGAUCGGCUGCACUGGCUCGGAUAUUCGCCAAGUGAUCUGGUCGUCCAGACAUCUGUCGCGCCAGCGAGACGCCGGCCCGCUGAAUGGCUGUUAGGUACUGUGUGUAUGUUGACAGAGAGGUCACGCGCGCUGGCUGGCGGCUUUGGCGGAGCUAACGACCCAAUAUCAGACAGAAUCUUUUUCACAAACUUCUAACGGCGCCAGACGUCUCGUUUUGUGCCAAGCAAUUCGAUUUUCCAGCUGAUACCAUCAUGAAAUGGUAGCAUCUUCGGUGCAAGUUUGUGUAAAUGUGAUAAUGCACGGCAGACAGACAGAGAUCCCUGUCUGGCUUUAUGUCUGCAUUUCAAUGAUUUUUAAAGAGGAGAUUGGUAAGCGGGCAGAUUCACUCUACUUUUCUUUCACUGGGAAGGAAAUAUUUCACAAUGGAGAUUGAAAAAGCCUUUUCAGAGUCAGUGGACAAUAUCAUGAACUUUGCUGAAAUUUUGUACAAAUGCACUUUGUGUACAACCCUGCCCUCGAUCCUGACCUCCAAAAAUAGCUUUGUAUCUCAUGUCAAAGGUCAACACUUUAAGCAGAAUCUCACAAGAUGCCCUGUGUGUUCUCUAAGUUUCGAAACAGAGGAGGACCUCUAUGCCCACUCAAAGUCAUCUCACUGUGUUGACGUUGCAUUUAAGGGGGAAGAGGAUCCAGAUUCCCAUCCACAGGACGAGGAAGUCACGUCUGCUGACGAGUCCUCAAUCUCCAAGCAGGAAAAAGAAGUGGAGAAAGACGAAAAAUGUGUUAAUAUGAUUAACACAGAGUGUGACAAAUACAGCUCCAUUGGUCACAAAGUAAACAGUGAAAUCACAAACAUAUCAGCUCAAUCAAUGGAGAGACCUUUUAUGAUGAAUCUUGAUGGCCAGAAUGUCUCUGAUGUGAUGGAGCCUUCAUGGCCCGAGAGCAGACCAAAGGUCAAUAUUGAGUAUGGACUAGAAAACUCUGUCCGUCAGCAUCCAUGUACAAACAAUUUGUCCAAAAUUCAUGCAGUGGCUGACCAAAUUUUGGCAGUGAAUUCUACCAGAUCUAAGCCUGCUGGGAACAGUAUGAUUUUCUCUCCUGGAUUCACACCAGAAUUCGGAAAGUUUACAAAACUUGUAAGAGAGGGAGGAAAUAUUGUGUAUUUUUGUCAAGUAUGUAAUUGGAAGUCACAGAUUAAGUCCCAUUUCCAAAGUCAUUGUCAAGGAAAAGUUCACAAGGAGAAACUAAAAUGCGCAGAAGAACAGGGAGAUGAAAAAUCUCCCUCUCCGACACCGAAAAGGGAACAGAAUAGUAAAGAAAAACAGUGCGACUCAAUGACGGAAAGUCCUGUGAAUUUAUCAGUGGAAAAUGUGAAUGGCUUCUCUACAGUUCAUUCUCCUGUGAUUUCAGAGAGAAAUAAAUCGGAGCGACAAAACAAGAGAAAACGAAGUGUGCCCAUUUCUCUACGAAAUCAAAGUUCUGAUCGAGAUGGAUGGCAGUCCAGUGACUCUGAGUCCGAUUCUCCAGACAUAAGUAGGAGUAGACCUUUUCACAGUGGUAGGACGCCUGUGAAGAAAAGAUACUCAAAGGAGAAUAAACCAAGUCCUAAUGCUGAAGUUAGGCCAAAGUUAGACAACUCCUGCAGACCUGCUUUACAUGUGAACUCCGAUUCUGACAGUAAUCACAUACAGGGCUAUCAUAAUCCAGGAAAUCCAUCAAUGACACUUUCCUCAAUAGGCUACAGAGAUGAAGAUCCUACAAAAUUUCCUUUUGGUCUGUACAAUCAAAUUCAUAAUCAAAUUUUAUGGAAUUUGAGCAAUAAGUCUGUAGAAAAAGGGAAGAAGACCAUAGAUUCACCACUGCCAUUUUUAGAUCGACUUUCAUACCCAAACAGUAAAUCUAUUUCAUCAAGCAGUCCCCAUAUUUCUCCUCCAGGAGGACCCCCAUUCUGUCCAGAGCUUUCAAAAUCUGAUUCGGAAUUCAUGUAUAGGUGCUCCUUAUGCUCAUUUGGAUGUAACAAAAUUCAGGAAUACAGGACUCAUUUUGAGUUUCAACAUGAGCAAGGAAAUUCAGUGAACGAGCAGGGUCCACUUUUUGGAAGUGAAGGGAAGGAGUUAUGGAAAGUGAACAAAAUCAAGGAAUGUUUGACAGAUUUGAUCUGUCUGUUCCCAAAGGGUAACGUUUCCCGAGAUCUCCUGCUUCAGAAGAUAAGUUCUGUAGCCCAGUUACCUGAGGCCAUCCACUGGGGCCCUGCUUGUAACCGGGCUGUCCGAGAAAUCUUUCCAGACACACUAGCUCAAAGAAAGGGGAAGUUCAAAAAAACUUAUUUCUUUGGUGUUUCAUUCAUCGAGCAAGUCCAGGAACCAGCAGACGAUCUCAGUGACCCUGAGUUAAUGCAGUAUCAGCCCCUUAGAGACAUGUCACAGGAUCUAGAGAAGAUUCUGGAACAUCUUCACAAUCUUGUACAAUUUUCGGAUGACAUGGAAUGUUCGGUGUCCAGAGAUGAUCUUCUGACGGUGUUACAUAAACGCAUUGAUGAGCCAGAUGUCUUGUACUGGGGAAUGCAGUGUAACAGAGCUAUCAGAAUAGUCUUUCCGUUGGUCAUUAUCAAGCGAAAAGGAAAGUUCAAGACUACAGUAUACCAAGGUGUUGAUUUCAAAGAGGAAGUAAAGAUGGAACUUCAACAAUUGCCAUUAUCCUUGCCAAAUAAAAAGGGGCGUCCUAGAAAAAUCAGUUCUGAAGAUUCAGGGGAGAUGUAUCAGAUGGGAAUGAGCUGGACUGAUGCCAUUCGGACUGGACAUAGCGAGACAUAUAAAAUGUACACCAAUAUUCACGUUCCUCGACCCUUUAGCAGUGAACACCUGUCAGUGACUCGUGGGUGGGGCCCCUCCUUAGUUUAUCAUGACACUGGAGACCCCCAAAAGCAGAGUCCCAUCACAAAUCCCUCACUGCUUUCACAGAAAAAGGACAAUGUGAAACUUGCAGAACAAUCAGAUCUUGAAGUCAAAGGCUCUGGGGAAGAUUCUUUAUCAAACAUUUCAUCAUUGAAUGAUUACUACUGGUUAAGUGGACCCAAGACAAAGUCUUGUUUAAGUAAAAAAGGAAGAGAACAAGCAUUUCAAAGUGAAAAACAGACAGAAAAUGAUUUCAAUGAUUUGAGUGAAAAUAAACACAUCUUAAGUCAGAAUGAAGAUGAUCAUAGUGAUGAUAAUGAAGAUGAAAAUACAGAUGAAGAUGCAGAUGAUGAAGAAAGCAUUGGACCAAAUGUUGAAGACAAAGAUAUUGACUGAAAAAACAUAUUGUGGAAUGUUGUGUUGUGGUAUUUUAUACCAUCAAUUCAUUUCUGGGGAUAUUAUAGAAGAGAGUGAAAGAGAGAGUUGAUUUUGAUUGUUAUUUUGUCAGUUAUACAUAUUUGUUGAUGCAAACUUAAUAAAGAAGUGCUAAACCAUUGAUAGGUAAUUU